UAAAAAUGUUUCUCAGGGAUGUGUUUUCUUGUUGCACCAAUGGCCCUUGUGUUGCUAGGUUACAUCACCACAACUAGGACGGUUUGCCGGAGGUCUAACCUAACACGAGCUAAAACCCAUGGAAGUGGACAUAAAACAACACCAAGUUCUGCAUUUUUUUCAGAGAGGACAGCUUGUAACACUUUUUUUAAUUUUUUUAUUUAGCUUACUUCGCUUCUGACUUAUAAAUUGUGUGGUCGCUAAUUUCACUAUUUUUCCUCGUCAUAAUCAGCAUGGAGGCCGGAGGUAAACUGAAAGAACUAAACAUGACAGUGGAUGAAGUCGACAGACUGACACAAGCUUUCAAAGACGAGAAAUUCAGGGAAAUGUUUCGCGAUUACGCCAAUGAAAUAUCAGACCCUGAGAAUAAGAAAAAGUAUGAAGAGGAGAUCAAACUUUUGGAGCAGGAGAGAGGAAACACGAUUGAAUUUAUCCACCCGGAACCAUUUAGGGCGCUCAGGACGAGUGUGAACGGCAAGCAGAAGUGUUUCAUCAACAUCUGCGCCAAUGAAAAAGUUGGAAAGCCUGAAUGUAAAUGGGGUGUGUCGGAGGAUGGUCGCAGAGGACAGUCCUGGUCCCUGCCUCACAGUCUGCCCCCAGGGAGACAAAACAUAGAUCCAAAAGGGAACAAGGCAAUGAUCUAUGAUGUUAUUUUCCACCCUGACACUCUCCACAUUGCAAGCAAAAACAAGAUAUUUAUGGAUAUAGUUCACAGCACAGCCAUUCAGGGAAUCCAGAAUGCUUUUAAAGUGACUCUAGAUAAAAACAAUGUGAGGGAGAUGAAUACAAAAUACAAAGGCCUCCCGCAGCCUUGUGUCAUCCGAAAACCCAUACUUGGAUAUAAAGCCAAGGAGCCCUCAGAGGAGCCUGACCCUCUUGCAUUCCCAUACCCAGAUGAAAAAGGACCUACCACAUCCCAGGAAACCAAGCCCACAGAAUCACCCGCAACAAAAAACAGCAGUGAUGCUAAACCUAAAAGCUCCCAGAUCCAGCCUCAGAAAGCCAAAGAGCCUACCAAGCCAAACUACACUGUACGAUAUAGAUCUUUUAUUGAUCUACAGGACUUCAGAUGUUCUAGAGACUCUGCCCAAAGCCCCAGACCCAAAGAAAUAGUGUUUACCAUCGACAUGCCACUUCUGAAGGCGGCCACAGACGCCAGCCUUGAGGUAAAAGAGAGACUGUUGUUGCUGGAGUCCAAGAAACCAGCCUACAGACUGGAGCUGCCCUUAGCCUACCCUGUGGAUGAUGAUAAAGGAGAGGCAAAGUUCAACAAACAGAGAGGACAGCUUACAGUCACACUGCCUGUUCUUCCUUUGAACGAAGCUUUUGAUUUUGCUGUAGGGUCUGCUCACACUAGUGUUAGUGAUGACAAGAGACAGAAGGAGAAAAGUGAGGUGGAAGAGGAUGAUAACUGGGAGGAGAAGGAAAAAGAAAGCCAGAAAACUGAGGAGGAGGAGCAAAGAGGUGUUGAAAAAGAUUUGAGGCAGCAGACAAGGUUAGAGAAAGGUGAAGGAGAGGGAGAAAAAGCUCAGGACGAAGGAGAGGAGCAGAUGAGGGAAGGCCAGGAAGGUGUAGAGGGAGAGGAAAGUGGAGUGGAGGAGGAGAAAUUGAAAGAGCAGGAGCAGGGAAAUGAAAACGAAGUUGGAAACUUGAACCUACAGAAGACGCAGCAACAUAAGGAUAAAAAUGAUUCCAGUCUAACAAGUCUUCAGUGUGAUAUUGUUUCUGCUGAAGAAGAAAAAUCAUUGCCUGUUGAUAACAGGCUUGUGGCCUCACCUGAGACAGAAUACCAGCCUGUUUUAAUCACUGCUGAACAUCCAAGCUGCAUAGGAAAAGGAGAAGUAAAUCUGAACUCAUGUUUAGAGUCAACACCCAAAAUGAAGACUUCAGACAUCAAGGAGGAGACUGUAAAGACAAGAGAGAGUGUACAUGGAAAUGAGGUGGAAACAGAUGCUGCAUUUCUACAUCUCAGAUCCACUGAGGAAUCCCAAAGUUCCAUAGCAGCUAAUACUUAUAGCCGGAACAACAUAAAGGAUUGCUGCACUUCCCAGGAGUCCAGCAAGAUGCCUGCAACAGAUGAAGCAAGCAAUUCAAGCAGAGGAGGUUCAGGCAACAGGGCGACUUUCUUCUCUGAGGAACGUGCCAUGGGCUCCGUAAAGAGGGAGAGGGAGAGCGUAGACGAAGACGACCUGCUGACAGAGCAAAUCUUCCACAACCCAGAGCACGGCAACAAGCCACCACCUGUGUUAUUGAGGGAAAUUGAUAAAGAUGGAAAUGAAAAGAUCAUAAGUGAUCAUUCCACAUCUGCUGGGUUCAUCUUCCAAAACUCCCUGAUGUAUGAGCUGGACUGAGGACUGUGUGCAGAGGAAGGUUCAGGGCAAGUUGUGAAGAUUUUUUUUUUUUCUGAAUUACAUCAGGUUUAAAUGCAAGUUAUAUCAGUUAAAAACGUCUGCAGUGUCCAACAAUAUUAAAUGUUCCAAAAUGA